UUCAUUUAUACUUAUCACUAUUUUCCUCCCUCCUUUUAAACACCGAGUACGUUACGUAGCUUGCUUGAAUUAGUUGCUAUACAGUUUUCUAGCAUCCCUUUCUUUGCAAAAUCAGACUAGUUGAUCGAUAAUUAAUCUAGGUAGGAGAGUAGCUAGCUAGGAAGCAAUGUCAGGAGCACAAGGAGCACAACCGCCUUCGUCGUUUACAGCAACGACGUAUGAGUCGGUGCCGGAGCAAAAGCAAAAGAGUAGGCCAAGGACCGAUUUAAGGUCUUGGGAGGAUGACAAGGGUAUUGAGAUUGAUAAACUUCAAGACAAGGUUCAAGAUGCUGCGGGCUUAGGUGGCCCGGUUUUUGGACCCGCCAAAGAUGAUCCUCCUAAUAAGCAGGACUUGGGUGUUAGUGGUACUGGCUAAUUAUAAUUAACCUAUUAACAAAUAAAUGUCCACUUGUUUCAUGCUUGGAAUUAGUAAUGAUCAUCAACCACUUAUCUAGGUUUUUCUUUUUUUAUUCUUGUUUUUCUUUAAGCUCUUUUCCAAUUAUUUUAUCUUUGUGUAUUUGGUUUUUUUUGUUUUCAAGGAUUUGUGUAUUUGGUUUUAAAUCUUUCUAUAGUUCCCUGGUAUUCGGGUAAUAAUGUACGGAGUACUUCGUA